AUGAAUGGCUACGGAUCGCCCUACAUCUACAUGGGGGGCCCGGUGUCCCAGCCGAGAGCGCCACUCCAGAGGACCCCCAAGUGUGCCCGCUGCAGGAACCACGGGGUGCUCUCCUGGCUGAAGGGGCACAAGCGUUACUGCCGUUUUAAGGACUGCACUUGCGAGAAAUGUAUUUUGAUAAUCGAGCGACAGCGGGUCAUGGCGGCUCAGGUGGCGUUGAGGCGUCAGCAGGCGAACGAGAGUUUGGAGAGUUUGAUCCCAGAGUCUCUGAGAGCGCUGCCGGGCAUCACGGUGGGGAGCGGAGAGCAGAGUGCAAACCCACGACCAAGCGACAUAGACCUACGCUGGAGCUCAGAGACGGUGACCCCUAAACCGCCGCAAGACCUAAAUGAGGACAUGUCUGGUGAACAGUCUGGUGGAGAGAAUGGUGGUAGUGCCAGUGACAGAGAACCAGAACCAGCCAGCUCCCCUGAGGAGUCCAAACCUAACCUGUGUUGCACCCCUGACACCUCAGACCCAUCUCCCCAGGUUGAGGAGUCCCGCUUUGGCCCGUCUAAAUCCUGCACCGACCCAGAACCCAAAGCUGACAACCCCAAAUACUCCCCUGAGCCCAACGUCCUCAUCGAAGGCCUCUCAGGCUCUGUAUCUCUCCCUUUCAGCCUGAGGGCCAGCCGACCUCCACUGGAGGUCCUGAAGAAGAUCUUCCCAGCCCACAAACCAGCAGUCCUGGAGCUCAUCCUGAAAGGCUGCGGUGGGGACCUGGUCGGAGCCAUCGAGAUCCUGCUCUCCAGCCGUUCUACGAUGAAACCAGAAAAGGUUCUGUCUGAGAACUCAGAUGCUCUGGUACUCCCCUCAAACGGCCAUCUCUUUGAGCACCCGCUGAGUUCGUACCCGGUCUCGUCUUCCAAGUGGUCGGUCGGUUCGGCCUUCCGUGUUCCCGAUUCCCUGCGCUUCUCCUCAGAGCCUUCUGCUGGAGUUGUACCAGGCCCUCUUAGCAUGCCGCUCCAGCACGGCUUCCCCCAGCCGCCUCGAUACCCCCUCAUGCUGAGAAAUUCAUUGAGCCGUGGCCAAGCCGGGCCCUUCGUGCACAACGAUUUGACUCUGUGGAAUACCAUGACAUUACAGCAGCAGUAUCAGCUGCGCUCACAGUACAUCCCUCCGUUCUCAGGCCCCUCAGCCGGAGUGAUCCGCAGCUCACCGCUCCUCACCAGCAGGCCCACCGAGGAGCAUCGAAUCAGCAUCCAGGAGGACAGCUGUCCUGUCAUUGCCAAACAGAGCAUGUUUGCUGCAGAUGAGGAGUAUGAUGAAAGAUCUGACUCCUCAGACUCUAGGAUCCUGAACACUUCCUCCUAA